GUGGGGAGGAGUCUGUCACCUCCCUACCCCCAUCCCACUUCGGUGCCACCCUUGUAGAUGAAACGUGAGCCUGGGUGGCCAAGGACUCCAGAGAGGCAGACUUUUGCUUGCCAGAGCUCAGCACCUUUGGGCGGGACCUAAAAGCCCCUGCAGCAGCUCAUCCCGGCAAGGCAAGGACCACCAGCGCCCAGCUGCCUCGCAGCAGGCCGGAUUCCCCAGGACUGGGGUCAUGGCUAGGACAGCUCCGGACCCUGCUCUCAGGAGCACAUCCCUGUUGUCCUGACUGCCCUGCAUCCUCCGCAUCGCUGCUGGGGUUCCUGGCUGUCUCUUCACUCCAGUCUCGGCCAGGUCUACCCUUCUGUCCUACAGAGCAGCUUGGGGCCACCGGCUUGAAUGGACGCGUUGAGGCUGCCCCUGCGUCCAGGGGUCCUGCUCCCGAAGUUGGUCCUGCUCUUUGUUUAUGCAGAGGACUGCCUUGCUCAGUGUGGCAAAGAGUGUCGGUCUUACUGCUGCGAUGGAAGUACACCCUACUGUUGCUCCUACUACGCCUACAUUGGAAACAUUCUCUCGGGCACUGCGAUUGCUGGCAUCGUGUUUGGAAUUGUGUUCAUCAUGGGUGUCAUUGCGGGGAUCGCCAUAUGCAUCUGUAUGUGCAUGAAAAACAACCGGGGAACCCGUGUGGGAGUCAUCAGAACGGCACACAUCAAUGCCAUCUCCUAUCCCAUGGCUCCGCCCCCCUAUACUUAUGACCAAGAGAUGGAAUAUUGCACAGACCUGCCACCACCAUACUCUCCAGCCCCACAAGCUUCAGCCCAGCGCUCUCCACCCCCUCCGUAUCCUGGAAAUGCAAGGAAAUAUUCCUCCUCCCAGAACAGAACACGGGACAAUUAGCAAUUUUACCCAGAAUAAAAUGCCUCAAUUUAGAAACAUGCCAAAGAAAAAUGUACGUCUACUGGCUAGGGUCAGAUAAUAUCUCAGGCACAAUGUCUAUGUAGAGCAAACUCUUUCCAUGCUCAGAGCUGUUUGGAGAAUUAUGCUUGGUUCUCUGAAGUCAUAGAUGAAGUGAUCUAUGGAUCCACCCAGGUGCACUCAGAUGAAAGCAGUGCACUUGUCAGGCCAUCUGACAAUCAUGCUGCUUUGGGACGAUGAGCUGAAGGCAACAGCAGAAUUGAACCUGGAAUAAAGAAGAACAGAAGACUGUCUGAUCUACAUCAGAAAAGAGCUGCAUUUCAUAGAGCGUUAGGAGAACUAGAACAGAUCAUUACUUCAUUUAUCCACAAAUAUGUAUUAAGUGCCUUAGAGCCCACCCUGUGCCUGGCAACAUUAGGGGCCCUGGAUGGAAGUAACCAGAGGGAACCUUGCUUCUGGCACAGGCAUACCUCAUCUUGUUGCACUUUCAUCUUUGAACUUUGCAGGUGUUGCAUUUUUUUUUUAUAAACUAAAGAUUUGUGGUAACCUUGCACCAAACCGUGUCAUUUUCCAAACACUAGGAGCAUACUUUUCCUAUCCUUGUAUCUAUCAUAUGUUGGCCAUUCUCAACAAUAUUUCAAACAUUUUCAUCAUUGCUAUUAUUUUGUCUGUUAUGGUGAUCUGUGUUCAGUAAUGGUUGGUGAUGUUAUAGUAGCCUUUUGUUUGGGGAUGUCAUGAACUCUGCACAUAUAGAACAGUGAUAAAUAUUAUGUAUGCCAUAUCUGCUCCACUGAAAAGCUCCACUCCUUCCCUCCUCUGUCUCCCUCCCUAUUCUGAGAACAGCAUUGAAAUUAGGGCAAUUUACAAGCCCACAAUGACUUCUAAGUGUUCAAGCUAAAAGACUCAUAGUUCUUGCUUUAACCCAAAGCUGAAAAUGAUUCAUCCUGGUGACGAAAAUAUGUUCUUAGACCAGCUCAUAAGUUAAUCCGUAAACACAGAUGAGACUUUCUCCCAGGACACUAAAAAUGUCUCUCUCCAAACACACAGAUGAUAGAAAAGAAAGAGAAUAGUGACCCCAGUAUUUAUAAGGAGAAUUCUUCAGUGGUGUGUGCAGCAGAUCAAAACAACCACAUUCCCUCAAGUCCUAACACUUGAUCCAGAGCUAGGACCUAACUCUUCAUUCUGCAAAGCCUGGAUGAAGCGAACAAGAAACGUAAGCAUAGCUUGCAUGCUGUAAGAGAAGGAUGGAGGGGAGCAGAGAUCAGGUCUGAGGUGAAGGAAAGGAGCUGCCCCUGUAGCAUCAAAUGGGAAAGUGACACCUCAGGCACUGCAGUGGAGGUUGCUAAUAUUCUCCCAAAAACCUAGUUAAGAUCUCAGGUAUGGCUGCCUGAUGUAAAUGAAAGAUCCUACUGUGGGAAGACUUGCCUUCUAGAACUUCCACAGCCAUAGAAAACAAGUCACCCUAACUCCACACCUCAAGAGGCAGCCUGGCUUUCUUGUGAGUGUCUAUAACACAAAUGGUGACUUUCACAUGAAGCCAAUGUUCAAUGUUAAUUUUCUAGUCGGCAGUCCUAGCCCUCUUAAGAAUAUGCAAAGUUUUGCUCUGCCUAUAGUCUAUAAAUAGAACAACCAGGUCUAUUUUUGAUGUUGUUUAAUGAAUGUUUUAAACCAAGUAUUGAGACUGCUCAGGGAAAAACAAUUUUUUUUUCAAAAUCUUCCUGCUCAUUGACAAUGCACUGAUCAUCCAAGGGCUCCGAUGCAGAUGUACAACGAAGCACAGGAUGUCUCCGUAUGGACUAAUGAUUCCAGUCCCACUCUGUCCCUUAGACUGUGGUUAACUGCAACUUCUAAGCCUUAUUACUUAAUAACUGCCUUUUAUAAGGUCAUAACUAACACAGAAAUGAAACUUCUGGGGGGUUGGCAAAGUUCUGGAAAGAAUUUACUAUUGUAGAUCCAUGACUCACCAGAAGUCAAGAGGUCAAUAUUAAUGCACAUUUGGAGGAAGUAGAUUUUGGCCCUCAUACAUAAUGUUGCCUUUGUUAAGGCAUUGGAGGAGGAAGUACCUACAGAUAUGGUAAACCCACAAAGGAGUUGAAGGUGCAACUCAGUUACUAUGUCUCACGAUAUUACUACCAAGGGAGCAAUUGCUUCUUCUGGUGAGCAGUGAAAAGAGGUUUUGGUUCUUCUGGUGAAACAUGCUACUGGUGAAAGGUGCUGUGGGCAGAGCUGAGGUGGCAGUGGAGGGUUUAGAGUAGUUAUAAGUGACUUAAGUUAGCAGCAGUAUUAGAGAAAAUUACAAUUUUGAAGGAACAAAAACAAAAGCAUCAAAAACAGCCAAACAGCAUCACAGGCUGCAGAGAACCCUUUCAUGAAGAGAAGUCUCAACCCAUGUAGCAGACUUCACUGUCAUUAUUGGAAGGAAUUAACAGUCUUCCAGAUUGAGCAACCAUCAGCCUAAUCACCAGCAACUUUCACCCCACCACCACCACUAAAAAGAUUUGGCCCAGCUAAAUGAAAACUUGGGUGUUAGUGGCCAUUUUUUAGCAAAGAAAUAUUUUAAUGAGCAUGUAGACAUUGCUUUGAAGACACUUAACAAAUUAUAGUACAGUAUAAACUUAACUUUAAUGUGCACUGGAAAACCAAAACAUGUCCGUGUGAUUCUCUUGCAAUAUUUGCUUUAUAAGAAACACAAGCAACUUCAUAGAUGACGUCAAAGUGUUACUGGUAUGGGUAUAUUGAACGAAUGUCAUCUCUAAAAUAUGUUUGUAAAACAAAACAAAGCAAGUAAACAACAACAAAAACAAGCUGUAGCUUUAAUGUUGACUGGCUUGCUUUGUGAAGUCCUGCCAUCAAGAUUCCAAACAAAAUGUGUCAGUGUAGUAAAGAAAUAUUCGAGAAAGAAUGUCUAAAAUGGAUAACAGAUCAAACUUGCUGCUUAUGGUUUAGGUGAGUGUGAUCAGCUGUGUUGCAGCAAUGAAAGCAGCAAAUCAAUCUUAUCCUUUGACUUUGACUAUUUAAACAAGAUCAAAGAUACACAACAGGUUCUUGGAGCUAAGAUAUCCAUAGUCACUACUAACGCCUCCUACAAACCCAUAUGGCUUUAGUCACAGGUAUAUGAAGGUUGCUCCAACUGUGGAAUAAAAGGUUAGAAACCAAAUAUUCCCAGGGUUUUUAUAUCAGUAUUAAAAUGUGUAAUUUAUCCAUAUACAAAAGACUUUUUAAAGGGGGAUAUGAAUGUUCAAACAUAAAUCCAUUUCUCCCAUUUUAUAAAUGCUAAUCUUUUAGAAAAAUUAUAUAAUUAAUGGGAAAAACAAGAAGGCAUGGUGUUGCCUUUUGCCUGAGUACUAGUUUUUGUGAAGUGCUUACCUUUAAAUGUAAAAGCAGUCAAUAAAAAUUCCAAUGUGUCAUGUUUUACUCCAAGUGGCCCUAACAUUAGUAUUUUUACAUGGGUCUUUUUGUGUACUUUAAAACUGAUUGCCAAACACUAGGAACAGAUAGAUGGUCAGACCUUUAUGCCACUUUAAAAGAAAACCUAAAACACUCAAUCCAAGAUCAUGAUUAUAAUUCAGUGACAUUCCAAAAUGACAUUAAGAUACUUGAUAAAUAACCAAAAUAAAUAUCUUACAAUAUAAGUUAUGGAGUCUGAGCUUGUAGUGAGGAAGUUAAUAUGAAUAAAUAGUUCUUUUACUAUAUCAAGUAUCUAUAGUAGAAAUGUGUGGGUCUGACUGAACACUGUCUACAGAAGGUAUUGAGGCUAGAUUUGUUUUGAGUGACUUGCUUGGCUUUGGCAAGAAUAAUCUUAGCUUGGAAGAUGUGAAGCCUUCAGGGGUCCUGUCUGUCCUAGGAAGAGGCUUCCUGCCUGACAUGAAGUAUUAGCAUAGUAUUAACAGUAUAUUGGCUUUGAUUUAUUUUUCUUCCACAAAUGUGAUUAUUUCCCACUAUUCUACAGCAAUAGUUUGCAAUGCCAAAGUCACGGUGAUAUGAGAAUGUUGUUUGCAAAUCCACUACCCAUUUCUAAAGAAGAAUAGAAGCAAGUCCACCAAAAUCGAACACUCAUCUCAACAUUAAUGUACAGAUACCACCUGCCUCUGACAGUCUAUAAAUAUUGCCUGCACAGAAACCAUUUCUGUCCACACUAUCUCUUUUUUGAGUUGUUUAUAGCUCGCCCUAAAGCAUAGCACAGACCUAUAUAUUUACAAUAGAUGAAGGAUUUUUACUGUUUUUAUUAGUGUCAUAGUAACAGAAAUGAAUAUAGCAUAGAUGUCCAAAGUUCACUGAUUAUUUCCAGAAGUAAUGUAUAUCAGAAGAAAACAAUAUUUGAUGUAAAAAAUUUGAUUAUGGUUAUUUAAGAACUAACCUUUGCUAUGGCUAAUUUGUUUACAAGGAGAAAUAAAAUGAAAGA